GUCAAACAAGUUGGGUCAACCCGACGCACUUAACCAGCUAUCCCGACUUGCGCACAAGAACUGAAUUCAUACCCUAGAUACAGGCGGUUAUCAUAACCCGACUAACAACGAUGAAUACGGCACCGGAGCUUACUUCCGGCCGCCGUGCCACCGCCGUCAGUUCAGAGCAACAUACUCAACCUAAAAGGAUAUUCCGUUCGAUCUUCGAACUUCCGUCGGAUUUCUUCGAUUCAUGCCGCCUCCUUGAAUCUUCUUCAACCGCUUUGAUUCCUGAACUCGCAACAACUGCCACUAUUAAUAAGGAAAAUAACCUAGAAGAAGAAGACGAAUCGACGAAGGAUAAAAGUGUCAGUUCUAGUGAGAAAUGGACGUGUAAUACUUGUAAAUCCAGUUUCGAGUCGCUUCUAGAUCAACGCUCUCAUUUCAAGUCCGAUUUUCAUCGAAUCAAUGUAAAACUCACGGUUGCUGGAAAGGAUACUGUGAAAGAGGAUGAUUUCGAUGAAUGGACAUCAGAUUCGUUGGUUAAAGAUUUCGAUAUAUCAAGUAUAUCAGGCUCUGAAGAUGAAGAUGACAGAGAAACUAGCCUCCGCAAUGAUACGAAUAAGGAAUUGUUGGGAAGUAAUAAAAGGAAGAUUUUUGUACAAUUAUCAAAUGGAGAAAUAGUUUCGUUAUGGAAAAGCUUAUUUCUAGAUGAUACUGUGAAAAUUAUUUUUGAACAUAGUAAAUCCAGUACCAUGUUGGAUGAUGUCUUGCCAUGUGUUACAGAGAGAGAAAUGACUGUGAGACUGCGUUAUGUGGCUCAUGAACCUAGGGAUAAUACCCAUUUUAGAGUGAUGUUGCUUGCUAGUGGUGGACAUUUUGCUGGUUGUGUCUUUGACGGAAACUCUGUUGUGGCCCAUAAAACAUUCCACAGAUAUGUCAUAAGGGCCAAGGCUGGUAAAAAGCAGUCAUCAAAAGAUGCCAGUGGUAAAAUUGCACAUUCUGCAGGAGCUUCAAUACGCCGACACAACGAGCUUGCUCUAAAGAAGGAUAUUCGAGAAUUACUCGCAGCCUGGAAGCCUUAUUUUGAAGCUUCCUCUUGCAUCUUCAUUCAUGCUCCAUCAGACAACCGCCAACUGCUAUUUGAAGGUGAAACUCCGUACUUUAGUUGUCAGAAAAGCGCCAUUAGACGCAUCCCUUUGACUGUUCGUAGACCAACAUUCAAGGAAGCUAAGCGACUGUAUAACAUAUUGACACAAGUGUCCCCCGAACCAAAUGAAGAAACAGUUCCUAUUAGUAAGGAAGAUUCCAGAACUACAAAUACACACACGGACUUACCAAAUUCUAGCAAAACAAAUGUGCGCAAUCAUACGGAAGUUGGUGAAGCUAGUAUAGUUAAUAGUAUGGAAGAUUUGGUUAUAUCGAGUGGUAACGGGAGUAAAGCAAUUCUUGUAUCGACACCUUUACAUGAAGCAGCGAAGGAUGGGAAUGUAGAGAAAGUUUUGGAACUGCUUGAACAAGGUUCGGAUCCGUGCGUUGUAGAUGAAAGGGGGAAGACGCCGUAUAUGCUUGCUACUGAAAAAGAAGUUAGAAACACGUUUAGAAGGUUUAUGGCUUUGAACCUUGAUAAGUGGGAUUGGCACGCAGCUAAAGUUCCCAGUCCGUUAACAAAAGAAAUGGAGGAAUCUCAGAAUGCUAAGCAGGCAGAGAAGGAUGCAAAAAGGAAAGCAAGAGCAAAAGAGCUGAAGAAGGCAAGGAAAGCUAGAGAAAAGAAGGCUGAGGCAGAGGCGGCUCAGUCACAGAAUACUUCAUCAACUCAAUCACAAUCCAUCACACCACGGAUGACUAAAGAGGAGGAACUAAAACGAGCACAAGAUGAAGAGAGGGAGAAAAGAGCUGCUGCUGCGGAGAGGAGAAUAGCAGCUCUUCAAUCACAGAAAAACACUGCCACGUCAUCAUCAGACAGCUUAUGUUCAUAUUGCCAAGUGUCGUUGGCAGGUAAAGUUCCGUUUCAUAGGUACAAUUAUAAAUACUGCUCCACAUCAUGCAUGCAUGUUCACAGAGAGAUCCUCGAGGAUGAAUAACAAUAUAGCUCUCCAAUUUUUUCACCAUCACUGUUUCUCAUUCCCAUGAUUUAACCGUCAAAAUAUUUUUCUUUUGCUUAUGUUAUAUAUGGGACAUGCUUCUUUUCUGUUCCAAAUGUCUCGUUAGCAGUUUUUUGUAUUCGGUAACCUUUAAUUGUUUAGGUUAUGAGAGAGUUAGAAAAUACCAAUCAUUUUGAUUCCA